GAGAGCGCCUACCGUCCGCAGAGAGAUGGGCACCGGAGAUGUUGCUAAUGGUGUUGCUUCUGCGUUGGUCGCGGUAUGGUCGCUAGGGGAGUUGGGGACGCUCGGCAAUCCACCUGGUGGUAGCGCAUCUCACAUUGAGAAGUUUGAUGAUGCCCAUUCUGAGGGGGCACCACACGGCCAGGCUGGACUUGAGGACCAUGCUAUGGAAUCAGCGUCCAUGCAUGAUUUAAUGGCCGACCUAGAGGCCAUUCUCCCAACCAUGACGGAGGUGGCACAUGACGGAGAGGCGCGCAACGAGAUAGUGAUUGACUCCACAGUGCCAGAGGACGAUGCUGCUCAGUUGGGAGAUCUCGGAGAGGUAUCAGCGAGAGAUGUGGGGGAUGAGGAGGCAGUUGGGAGUCCAGCGGCGGUGAGGGGAGACGUAGAGACAGGGGAGGACGCAUGUGGGGAGGUACAUGGAGAUGUGUAUGAACCAUCGACUUUACCUGCUUCUGGCGUGGAGGAGGGAGCAGGUGUCAUGGCGGCACCGCCCAUUCAGCAGCCUGAGGAUGCACCGACGGGCAAACAUCGCUAGCAUCGUCGUCGUCCACAUGACCCUGGGACGCAAUGCACUCGUUACGUAGAGCAGCCACGACGU